UCGCAAUAGUCCUCAUCUUCUUCGGCGUCGUGUUCGUCUUCUGCCUCCACCUCUACGCCAAAUGGUUUUGGUAUCGCCGCCAAGACACCACUGCCACAACCGCCACGAGGUGCUGCCGCCGCCUGCCCCCGCCCUGCGCUGCGGGCUGGAGAUAUCACUCCUCAAAACCAUACUUGUGAUAAUGUUUGAUUGGGAUUGGAAUGCUGUGUGUCUGUGUGAAAUUUGCCCUCUCUGCAGAAACCCUGUGUCGAAUUCGACUAAUUCCACCUCUGAUCCCUCGUUAGAGGCUGCAAUCGAAGCUCCAAUUGGGGAGGGAAAUGUGAAUGCGGUUGCAAUUGAGAUACCUAAUUUCCCAACCAAUGUGUUGAUUUGGGGGAAUGAGAGUCAAGUUAGCACCUUUGGCCCUUGUGGUGAAGAGGACCAUCACCAAGGCAAUGAGACACCAUAUUCGUCUUCGUCUUCAAUGGCCUCCUUGAGUGGUAGGCGGGAGGGGGUGGAGAAAGACAAGCAGAAAUCCGCAGUGCCGACGAGGCUGAGGACUGAAGAGGUUGCUGAGUGGGAAUAGAAGGGUUUUCAGCGAGUUUCUGGCGACCUUGCCGAAGAAGAAGGCGUGGGUCCCACCACCACCUGCAAAAAAAAACAGUUAACGGUGUUAACUCCCCGUUAGGGCAGAGGGCUCAAUUGUUCGAUUUUAGGUAGUAUGAGGGUUUAGUUGACCCAACUUCGAUUAUAGGGAGCUAAACGUGAUAAGGGCCACUAUGAUAGGGGCUUAUUUGAUACUUAACCCUAUAUUUAAUGUCCA